AUGGACGACUCCUUCAUUGGAUUGACUGGAGGUGAGAUCUUCCACGAGAUGAUGUUGAGACACAACGUCGACACUGUUUUUGGCUAUGCUGGUGGUGCUAUCUUGCCAGUUUUCGACGCCAUCUACAACUCCGACAAAUUCAAGUUUGUCUUGCCUAGACACGAGCAAGGUGCUGGUCACAUGGCUGAGGGCUACGCUAGAGUGACUGCUAAACCUGGUGUUGUCUUGGUCACCUCGGGUCCUGGUGCCACCAACGUUGUCACUGCCAUGCAAGAUGCCCUUAUGGACGGUGUGCCUUUGGUCGUCUUCACUGGUCAAGUGCCUACGACGUCCAUUGGUACGGAUUCUUUCCAGGAAGCCGAUGUGAUUGGUAUUUCCAGACCAUGCACGAAAUGGAACGUUAUGGUCAAGAACGUGGCCGAGUUGCCUAAGCGUAUCAACGAGGCUUUCGAGAUUGCUACUACUGGCCGUCCCGGUCCUGUCUUGGUGGAUCUUCCCAAGGAUGUUACUGCCUCUAUUCUCAGAGAGGCCAUCCCUAUCAACACCACCUUGCCACUGAACGCUCUUUCUCAGAUCACCAAGCGUUUCACCACCAAGUUCACCACUGAGGCCAUUGAGCGUGCUGCUUCCUUGUUGAACAACGCCAAAAAGCCCAUUCUUUAUGUUGGCGCAGGUGUCUUGAACCACGAGAAGGGUCCUCAGUUGUUGAAGGAGCUCUCUGACAAGGCCACCAUCCCAGUCACCACCACUAUCCAGGGUUUGGGUGCUUUUGACCAGAGAGACGAGAAGUCUCUUGAUUUCUUGGGUAUGCACGGUUCUGCUGCUGCCAACACUGCUAUGCAAAAUGCUGACUUGAUCAUCGCUCUUGGUGCCCGUUUUGACGACAGAGUGACCGGUGUGGUCUCGAAGUUUGCCCCUGCCGCCAGAUUAGCUGCCCAGGAAGGCAGAGGUGGUAUCAUUCACUUUGAGAUCAGCCCUAAGAACAUCAACAAGGUUGUGGAGGCCACUGAAGCCAUUGAAGGUGAUGUUACCCGUAACCUUGCCACCUUCUUGCCAUUGGUGAAGGAGGUGCCCGAGAGAAAAGACUGGAUGGGCCAGGUGCUCAAGUGGAAGGAACAAUACCCAUACUCAUACAUGAAGGAGACUCCUGGUUCUCUUAUCAAGCCUCAGACAUUGAUCCGUGAGAUCAGCGACCAGACGCAAAAUUACGAUAAGGAGGUUAUUGUCACCACCGGUGUGGGCCAGCAUCAGAUGUGGGCUGCCCAGCACUUUGAGUGGACGAAACCCCGUACUUUCGUCACCUCUGGUGGUUUGGGAACCAUGGGUUUUGGUCUCCCUUCUGCCAUUGGUGCCCAGAUCGGCAAGCCCGACGCCAUUGUCAUUGACAUUGACGGUGAUGCAUCUUUCAACAUGACACUUAUGGAGCUUUCUUCUGCUGUCCAGGCCGGUGCCCCAGUGAAGAUUUGUGUGUUGAACAACGAAGAGCAAGGUAUGGUGACGCAAUGGCAGUCGCUCUUCUACGAACACAGAUACUCCCACACACACCAGCUGAAUCCAAACUUCAUGAAGUUGGCUGAGGCCAUGGGUGUCACUGGUAUCCGUCUCGAAAAACAGGAGGACAUGGCCGCCAAGGUGAAGGAAUUCUUGGACUGCAAGACGCCAGUUUUGUUGGAGGUGAUUGUCGAGAAGAAGGUGCCUGUUUUGCCCAUGGUGCCUGGUGGUAAGGCUUUGCACGAGUUCAUUGUGUACGACGAAGAGGUGGAGAGACAAGAGAAGGAGUUGAGAAGGGAGAGAACCGGCGGUUUGCACUAA